AUGGGAACUAGGUCUUAUGACAAAGAACCGAAGCAAGCAGCUAAGAAGCAUGAGCCCGACAACAGUGAAACAAAUCUACCUGGUACAAACUUCAGCGAACCCAAACCGAAGCGACACAGGACUAUCAUGGCCAAGACAGUCAUAAAAUCUCCCACUGAACGCGUACCGCAUUCGGUGAACAGUCGUGCGCCACAAGGUCAAGGCACUCAACAAACUGUCGAUCACCUCCGGGAUAAACACUUUCAGCCUCAAAUGCGUGAGAAAGGAGGACGCAAUGGAAAGAAAGACACUACGACCGAGACUCCAACAAGACGUUCGCAUCGGAAGAAGGCUGGUCGACCGGAAGCUGGACCAACUACUCCUCUGGUAAAGAGUGUAAACAAAUACGGCUUUGAAGUAUGGGUCCCGGCUACCGGAUCGAACAACCUUACGGCGAGUCACAGUGCGAAAAAAGAGACUGCAAAACCUCCUUCUCUUCAAGAAGACGACAUCUCCGAUGAGGUUUCAGUCGAACCCGCCUCUGAUGCUGCUGUAGCUGGCCCACGCAACGAGACUUCUGGAGACGCAAUAUCCCAAGAGCACACUGGCGACGAUACAAGGCAAAGUUCCGUCAGUGAUGUCGUUAGGGGCGACGUGAACGAGAAGACGAUGCCAAUGGAGGACGUUGUCGACACCAACUUCAUUCUAGAACGCCUGAAGACAUAUAAUGCACAAACCCCUACCGACAAAGACAGAGGUGCGCAAGAUGCUAUUGACCGGGAUAGGCAGCCGGUACCCGAGCAAGAUGUUCAAAUGAUGGAUGUCGAUGACGCCCGAGUUAGUGUCACUACCUCUGGCCUUGGUCGUGACGACACCAAUCUCCAAGUCAACCACCAUGCUCCGCCAAGCUUAAUACCGGAGAAGGAAUUUGUCGCUGCUAAGGUCGAUAACCCAUUGCAAGACGAUGGCGACGUUGGAAGGACGAGACCCGGCCCCCUGUACUGGCGUGCAGCCGAUAAACGAACGGAAACUGGUGUCCACUUCUUCAACAUGCCUUUCGAGGACUUGCGUGAGAUGACACGACUUCAAGCUCUCGAGCGAGCGCGUCCGCAGUCAUCCGACGAACUUCGCGCCCUGUUAGUCUCCGCGGCUACUAGUAGCAAUUCUAGUCCCGAAGAGUACACCCUCGCUGAUGCCAGAGUCAGGCUCCAAGCAUGUCGCAAUGCGUUGUAUGGCGUUCGACUAAGGGAGCGUAUGGCUACAAUGCGUACGGCAGCCGCUCGCGCGACGCAACAGCCGCGUGAUAGUGUUGCACAACUUGAGGUCAUUACCGAAGAGGCACGGAAGGAGCUUCUUGAUGCUCAAGAUGCGUUUGAUGAGGACUUUCGGAAUGUUGCUGUCGCCAAACAAGCCCUCAAGAAUGUCACAGGUAAGCCCGUGCCAGAUCUUCAGGACCCAGAGACGGAAGCGGAUGCUUUGAGAAGGGAGAAGAUGGUUAAUGAGAUCAAUGGGGCUAUUGCAGAGUACGAAGCGCAAGUGAAAGCGUAG